AAGUACCGUAGGUACCUGGGCAACAGCUCCCCGCCCCCACUGACGCGCUGUGAUUUCACUUUACGCGUCUCGAUGUGGAUUUCACCUUAGCUGAUUACCUAACUCAUAUCGUCGCUACAGCAUUAUCGUCACCGAGGAGCGGACUGUCACAUCCUGCGAACACCAUUGUGCUUGAUAUCAACAUCUUAAAUACCUAUCUGUUUGAGCCUAGAACACCUAGUAUACGAAUUGAAGGCGUGCCGUCCUUCUGCUUGCCUCGACAUGUCUGACUACGAGGAUGAAAUGGACGUGGAUGGUGCUCCGUCUAAUGACAUUGCAUUCUCUUCAGAUAACACGGCUAAAGGCAAGCGAAGUGCUGCGAACCUGCCCGUUGAGGCCGAAGAUUCCCUGCCAUGGGUCGAGAAAUACCGACCAGUAACGCUUGGCGACGUGUCAGGCCACCAAGACAUACUAGCCACCAUCAACAAAUUCGUCGAUUCAAAUCGUCUCCCACAUCUACUACUCUACGGUCCUCCCGGCACCGGAAAGACGUCGACCAUCCUAGCCCUCGCUCGUCGCAUAUACGGACAGGACAACAUGCGACAGAUGGUGCUUGAGCUCAAUGCCUCCGACGACCGUGGUAUCGACGUCGUGCGUGAACAAAUCAAGACGUUCGCUUCUACCAAGCAGAUAUUCACCAUGGGCGGUGCAUCGCGGGCUGGGGGCGUCGCGGGCUUCAAGCUUAUUGUGCUCGAUGAAGCCGAUGCUAUGACCAACACAGCGCAAAUGGCCCUGCGACGAAUUAUGGAAAAGUACACGGCUAACACCCGAUUCUGCAUCAUCGCCAACUAUACACAUAAGCUCUCUCCCGCGCUGUUAUCAAGAUGUACGCGGUUCCGCUUUAGUCCCCUAAAAGAAAGAGAUAUUAGAGUCUUAGUAGACAAGGUCAUCAUGGAAGAAGGAGUCAAGAUCGAUGCCGAAGCCACAGAUGCCCUUGUCACACUUAGCAAAGGUGACAUGCGACGAGCAUUGAAUGUCCUUCAGGCGUGUCAUGCAUCUAGUACACCCAUGCAACCGAAGAAUGCUCCCAAGAUCGCCGAAAAGGACAUCGUUCGCGAGACCAUUACGACAGAGACUAUCUAUAACUGCAUAGCAGCGCCGCCACCGGACGCCAUCGCCAAAAUCGUUAACACAUUGCUGACGACGAGUGAUGUGACGACAUGUCUCUCUACCAUCAACACCCUCAAGGUCGCUAAUGGACUAGCACUUGCUGAUAUCAUCACGGCUACGUCGGAACAGCUGGUCACCAUGGAGGUCAAACCGGAGGUGAUGGUUCGCUGGCUUGACGGUCUAGCAGAGAUCGAAUACAGGAUCUCGGGCGGUGCGAAUGAGAUCAUCCAAACAGGUGCUGUCGUUGGAGUUGUAAGAGAUGGCUGUGAGCUUAUGGGUUAAGCGAAGUCCAUAUUGGUGGUGAAAAUUACAGAAAUAUCCGAUUUUCUUGUCUGUGCCGGAAUGGACAGGGAUGUAAAUGAAUGAAUGAGCUAUGUAUUUCCUACACAUAAUUGAGUGGUGUACUAAAAGGCACAAUGGGAUCUAGACAGAUGGUCGAAGAAAAGGUCUCCAUAUACUAGUUGGCGGAAGCAACCGAUGGAACGUGAUCACGGUUGGGAAUGGACUGUUCCAGUCAAAUGGUGUAUAUUGCAGAUACACUCAGGGUCCAGUGUGGUUACAACGAGAAAUUAAGAUACAUUACCAUUCGUGUAACUGCCAAAGAUGCCAGGACAAUCUCAAUUCAUGCGCUUUGACCAAAAACAGGUAAGAGAAAACGACACAUAUCUCGAAACACAGGCUUUUGAACAACUUGACU